AUGUCGGAUGUAGAUGAUGAUUUUGAGAUUUUAACAGUUGAAUCGCCGCAACCAUUUGAAAUAAUCGAUGUAACUGAUCUAAAUACAGAUGAUAAACAACCACAUUUAUUGGUAAAAAGCGAUAUAAAGCAGUCAACGCAUACUGUUUCUUCACCUGUUACAACUACUCAAGUAAAUGCAGCUACCACAAAAAAUAAAAAGUUAAUCAAUAGCGAUAAACUUGUAAAUAAUAUCGAACAAAAAACGCCUGCAACUCCGAUUCAGAAAUCAACGAAUAAAACUGUUGUUCAAAAUGAAAAGAUACCAACUUACAACUCACAGCUAAAACAACAACAAAAUACAACAAAUGAACAAUUAGAAUUAUUGAAGAAGAAAGAUCAACUUCCAUCGUCUGCUUAUCUGCCAAAACGUUAUGGGACUGCAGCCGAUAUUCCUCACGGUCUCAAUGAUGGUUUUGACUUAAACACAAUAAUUGAUAAAUCAAAAACUCAAACAUCAAAUUAUUUAUCAGCCACUAAUAAUAAUAAUGAUAAUAUUUUAGAUUUGAUAAAGAAGAAAAACAUCAAAUAA